CGCAGUCGCACCCGGACGGACACGCAGACGGACUCGGACGGCGUGAGAAGCGGCGCACCUGUGGAGGGAGCGGGUCUCGGUUUGAAUCGUCGGACUCGGAGGUUUGAUCAUGACGGACGCCCUGCUGCCGAGCGGAGGAGAGAAGGACUACUUCAAGAAGGGCUGUAAUCCCUUCGCCCAGACUGGACGCAGCAAACUGCAGAACAGGAGAGCCAGUCUCAACCAGCAAAUCAUCCGCCAGAUGAGGAUGAGGGCAGGAGCUGAAAACCUCCUCAAGGCGACCUCUAAUAAUAAGGUGAAGGAGAUGGUGGGGUUGGAGCUUAGUUACGUGAAUUCCAACCUGCAGCUGCUGAUGGAGCAACUGGAGGGACUCAACAGCUCAGUGGAGGUCUACCAGAACGCCCAGGAGCGAGCCAACAUCCCCCUCAUCCCGCUGGGGCUGAAGGAAACCAAAGAGAUGGACUUCUCCGUUCCCUUCAAGGACUUCAUCCUGGAGCACUACAGUGAGGAUGGGAACAGCUUUGAGGAUGAGAUUGCAGAUCUGAUGGACCUGCGACAGGCCUGCCGGACGCCUAGCCGCAACGAGGCAGGGAUGGAGCUGCUCACCAAAUACUACAGCCAUCUUCCUCUGCUGGAGAGCCGAUUCUUCUCCCCGACACGACAGACGGGGAUCUUCUUCACUUGGUACGAUUCCUUUACGGGAGUGCCGGUGUGCCAGCAGAACCUCUCCCUGGAGAAGGCCAGCAUUCUCUUCAACAUGGCCGCUCUCUACACCCAGAUUGGCACCCGUAGUGACCGCCAGACCCAGGCUGGCCUACAGGAAGCGGUAUCCUCCUUCCAAAAAGCUGCAGGUAUCCUGAGCCAGCUGAAGGAGACCUACACCCACACCCCCAGCUACGACAUGAGCCCCGCCAUGCUGAGCAUGCUCAUCAGGAUGAUGCUGGCGCAGGCUCAGGAAUGUCUGUUUGAGAAGACGGUUCUCCCAGGCAUCCGUAACAACUUCCUGUCUCUACUCAAGAUGGCACAGGAAGCUGCUAAGGUUGCGGAAACCUACGACCAGGUCCACCAGUCCAUGAUCCAGACGCCAAUCAAAGACCACGUCCCACUCUUCUGGUCCACCAUGUCCCAGGUCAAAACCAACCACUACCGCUCCCUGGCCCACUACUUUGUUGGCACCACCCUCCUGGACCACCAGUUGAGUGCCAGUGAUGAUGAAGACCAGCAGGAGAAGACUCUGUCUCAGGUUUAUGAUUCUCUCCCUGAAGGACGCUCUCCACUGGACAUCCUGAGGAAGAGAGAGGAGCGCAGGCGCAUUGGUAAGGCUCACCUGCGUCGGGCCAUUAUGGCACAUGAGGAGGCUCUGCGGACCCAGAGUCUCUGUCGCCACCUGAGGAAGCUGGAGGUUCUACAGGGCAUCCUGAAGGCAAGCCACCAGCGCUCGCUUGCCAAGUUCUCCCAAAACGACACUGAGGACGAGUUCACAGACUACAUGGAAGCCCCUGACAUCAUCUCUAAAACAGAGCACAAGGCAGAGCUGGAGGUACCUGCAUCCACAAAGGUGAAAGUCACAGACUUUUUCCAACGACUGGGCCCUCUGUCGGUGUUCUCGGCCAAGCAGCGCUGGACGGCCCCGAGGACCAUUCACCUGCUUCCAGAGGAUGGUGACCUCGGCUUCAACGUGAAAGGAGAGCCGCCUGUCCAAGUGGUGUCCCUGGACCCACUCUGCCUGGCCGCGGCCAACGGCCUCAAAGAGGGCGACUACAUUGUUGCUGUGGGUGACACUGACUGUAAAUGGAUGGGUGUGAGGGAGGUGAUGCAGCUGCUGAAGGAUGUGGACGAGAGUGGGAUCGACAUCCGUGUGGUCAGCAUGAUGGAUAGCAACACCUCCAUGCCUACCAAGAGCGCCACCUUCUGUGGGAACCUACCUAAGACUUACUCCAUGAUCUGCCUGGCCUAUGACGACGAUGAAAAGAACCCUAAGUCCAGAAAAGUGGCCAAGAAGCCAUCCUUCCUCAGCUGGGGUCUGAAGAACCGCCUGAAGAGCGCCAGCACCCUCAGCCUCCCCACAGCUGACCACGCAGGGGCGCUGCCCUGGAGUAAACCCUGCCCCACCUUCCCUGUCUCCAGCUCCUACAAUGACAGUAGUCUCUACUGAUCUAGCUAGAGCAGUUUUUCAUCUUAAAAGCACUGUGCUGUACAUAUACUUGACCCAAUAUGGCUAUGGUACAGUAGCGGUACCGUUUGGUUUUCCAUUGUUGGUGCUUUCUCAGCACAGUUCCGUCGUCAGCUGAUCUGAGCCUUGCCAAAUGUCCUGGAAAAUCAAACGGUACCGGCACGAGUAAGGUGCAAUACACUUGUUCGAAAUAAAACAUGCUAAUGACCAUUCCAGUGUGUAUUCCUGUAGCCGACACGGGAGCAGGUCCACCAUGGUUACUGUCCUGCUUAAGAACGGAAAACUCUUAAGUCUCGAUGGAAACCGAGCUGAACCGGAGAUGAACCAACACGGGGAUGUCCGACAGCCCCGUUGUGGUUCCUAUUUUCCUCCACGAGGUUGAUUAUCUUGUGGUUUAAGAGCUCCCUUGCUGGUUUCAGAGCUGGACCAUCUAGCCGUGGUUACAGUGCACUUGGAAAGGUACACAUGAUCCAGCUUAUUAUCGAUGUAUGCAACCGCUCCAUGCUCUAUGUCAGAGGUUUUAUAAGAUGAACACAUUUGUAUGAAGGUGUGUGUGUGUGUGUGUGUGUGUGAGAGAGAGAGUGUAAGGACUAUGCUGUGGUCAUGGAACAGGUGAAGGACAAAACUGGACUUUUUGUGGGGAGAGCAGGUGAACGCCAUACACUGUAAGCUGCUUAAGAUAUAUACAGUGCAUAUAUAUUUAUAUCGAGGUGGAUGAGAAUAUUUGUGUUUAGGUUUGUUCGGUGCCAAGAGCUGGGCCACAAGCAGAAAUUGCUCUGUCUGAUAACCCACGAUUCAACUGUUCACCUUCAUCUUCCUAUCUUUUUCCACUACAUGGUGGCGGCUCGACCCGACUCGACUUUUUCGCUUUCCGUCGCUGGAAAGUACCAGCAUUUUUGGUAACUCUUACCACUUUCCUUGCACCACCUUUGUUGAGGUUCCAAAAAAAAUAAACUGGAGCGGGUAUCAAAAGCAACGCAGACCAGCCACGCCGAGGGGGGUACUGUUACGGCGCUGAGGGGGUACUGUUACGGCGGUGGAAAAUGCGUCGAGUC